AUGAAAAGAAUGAGAACGGUUGCAGACUCUGAUAGUGCUACAUCAGAGAGUGAUGUUGAGAAUUCGUAUAACACUGACAACGAAGUGGAAACUGAUUCUGCGUCAGAGAGUGAUUCUGAUAAUGUAGAUGAUACUAGUAGUGAAGUAGGUGAUGAAUACGAUGGGCUCCUUUACAAGCUGAAGCAACCCAAAAAAAUUUAUCGGAAUUCGAAGAACUAACGCAGAAUUUCACUGCAGAAGGUUUUGACGAAAACGAAGCUAAAGACAAGGCAUAUUUACUUAUCGUACCAAAACUUCGUAAAGAUUUGCAGAAUAUUUAUUUGGAACGUCUACUAUGGAUAAGACAACUAAAGAGAGAUCCAAUACACAAAAAGAUUAUGGAAACCAGGGAUGUCUUUGUCAACGAUGAUAAUUUCGACCACCGGAAAGCGUUAGAGGCCGCUAUUGACAAGAGAAAAUUUCUUUUGAAAAGACUUUUUAGGAACACACGGUAUACUAGUGACAUUGACUCUUAAUGGUUGUUUGUGUUUGAUUUAUAAAAGUAAAAGAUCGAUCCUGUGCGGUAGCUAUUUUCCCCUAACCCAUUUCUCUAACCGUUUCCCAAGUCCCAGCAAACCUUCGGCCUUUAGGGCCACAACUAUUUAAUGUUAGGAAUCAGUUGACAUUUAUCAUUUGACAUUAUGCCUCGGAAGUGUAAAAGAUUGUCCCAUCUGCGGCAAGCGAGCUUUAAGAAGAUUGGCAAACCAUUUGGCAGACGUCCAUAAACUUUCGUCCCAAAAAAGACAACCUUAUCUUAUUCGUGCUAAGCCAACAGCUUUAAACUUAGAAAACGUUUUAACAGAAUUGUACAGAUUAAUUGGGAACAAUAAAAAGCAGUCAAAGUGGAAUAAAAGCAGGAUAAAAAAUAUACCCAUUCUUCAAACAAAAUCCUCCAGGAAAAGAACAAAAUCAAGUACAAAAUCUGAAAAGAAUGUGGACAAUACAGAAAUGAAUGAUGGCUCAAUGGAUUGGUUAAAGUUAGAAACAAAAACGAAACACAACUCUUAAGUGGAUAAUAUUAUAUUUAUACAGACAAGAAUUAUUAAAAUAACAACAUAAAACGCUCACUGAGUUUCCAGCGAUAUACAUACCAAUUUCAUAUUGUUAAGAAUUAUUAACUUUGUAGUACUUAAAGAAAUAAAUGUGUCUUAAAUCGAAAUUCUUGUGUAAAUUUUUGCCCACAAAGCAUCGCGCCCGAUUUUAAGGCAUACACCUGCGUUAUAAAUAAUCCCAAUCUAUCCAUUGGGAUACACUUAGUCAUGCAAAUUCGUAUUGCCGUAAUCCCCUUAAUUACCUACACCUCCUAACAACUUAGCAACACAUAACAACGCAACAUUUGUAAAGUUUAAAACAUGCUUAUUAAUACAAAUAACAGACGAUAGCGUCAAAAUAAAUUACAACUAAGACUGUUUGUUAAACUGUUCUACAAGUUUUUUCUCCAAGAAUCCUUGAUAAGCUUUCUUAUGAUCUGCCUCAAAACUUCUAAAUCGUUCACCCGUCGCCUUCACAUAAUACAUGUAACUCGGUGGGUACGAAAAAAACGCUUCAGCUGUUGACUCGAGCGGGUCUUCUAAUCUCCAAUGAAACAAAUAGUUCAGUAUACAUUGUAGUUCGUGGUUCUCAGUGUUCUGAUGUAGUUCCAUCAAUGAAUCGACAAACGUAGAAUCUGGGUCUUUUUCCAGUUGCUGUAAAUGUUCGAGUACAUCUCUGUCAACCGCCAGUUUUAGUACCCUCAUUGCCUCAGCGAAUUCAUUCCAAACCAUAUACGCUUACCAUUCACUCGUUCGAUCGCUUGUAAACCAUACAUUUGCCAUCGUUCGUUUUCGUUCAUCAUGAGGCAGUCAUGUUGUCUUUGACUAGGAUGACCGACUUGACAACCAUUACAGGAUUCCACACAAAGUCUUUCAACUUCUUGUGCGACUGCAUUCGCAAAAAUUCCUUCCAAUAAAUUGUAAUUAAGAUGUGGUUUUACCGUGUAAACACGCCAUGACUGAUGUGGAACAAAUACAGAACUAUGCCUGCUACAAGACACCUGUCGAUUUUAUACAGACACUUGUAUAAAAGUUCAUAGUAAGCCAAUCCUAAUCUCUCUAUUGUAACAAACACGUGGAGGGACGCUAAAAAAUGCCUACUCAGCAAGUUUCAGCCGAUCUUGCCCAAGCUCGCCCGCGUGACGUUAUUACUUGCCUGAUCCUGCCCGCGUGACGUCAUUGCAUGUAAUUAUGACGUAUGCUAAUGAUGAUGCGCCGCCCUGCAUUUUUAAUGAUGCGCCGCCCCGCGCCGUCCCGAAAAUCCGGGUCGAACGGUACCUAUACUACUACUUAAGUGGUUAUAUACAACCACAGUUAAUAUAGGUAUAUUAGCUGUGAUACAACUUUCUAGCACGCUGAGUUCAAAUCCGAAAAGUUCCCACUCCGUUGACCAGCAGUUUUCUCACAAAAUGCGAUUUUAUCUUCAAUAAUAAAUUUCACGACAUACUUUUCAUUGUUCCGAUCCGACCGAUUAUGUCACUCAAAAGGAUCAGUUUCUAUUAACCAGUCUUCCUUUUACCAAAAGACCGGUUUUAAUUUGCUCGAAUCAUUUUGAGUUAUGCAAUCUAAUGCGUGUUGGACGUAAACAACAUUAUAUAAGCCUGGCGCACACGAUGCGAUUUUAGUCGGCCGAUAAAAAUCGUUUGGCUAAAACUAACAAAAUCGUUGUGUGUGCGGUGUCAUUUUUAACCGAUUUUUGUUGCUGGAUUUUAAUCGGACAACAUCAAAACGUUUUGAUAUUAUACGAUUUUUAUCGGUGGAAUUUUAAGUAUAACCAAUCAGAUUUCAUGCUGUGAUCACGUGCUUGUAUUUAUUUGGCAACAUGGCGGCUGUAGUUCAGGGAGCGUAUUUUUUUCGUAAUCGUGUUCGGAGUAUACCGAUGUAUAUCGGUAUGUCAAACGAUUUUUAUCGGCCGACUAAAAUCGCAUCGUGUGCGCCAGACUUCAGUUCUGGAUUUAUCUCUAUAAAUUUAAUUAAAUUACAAGGACGUUCAUUUUAAGUCUUUGAGCUAUGUCUCUGGACUGAGAAAUAAUUGCUUACGUGCGAUCAAAAUGUUUUAUACAAUGAACGGUUAUCUAUAUGUAAUGGACAGCAUUUAAAUUUACAACACAGUUUUUGAGAUGUAAUUCAAGAGAUAACUUAUCAUUGUAUUUGAACUAUUACAUCAGUUGGUGUUAUACUGUGCGAUACGCAAAUAUUUGAUUGGAAAGAGGGCUUCCAUAUACGUUGAAAUCACCAAAUAAACAGCUCAUGCAUGCACGCAUUUCUAUAAGGAUAUUAGAAGGAAUUAUCUGUAUAGCUUCUCAAAGUUGUAGACAAGAUAUGUUGUUUACGUCCAACCAUGGAUAAUAAAAUAAAUUUAUUUUAUUAACCAUUGUCCAACUCACGCAUAAGAAUGCAUAACUGAAAAUGAUUCGAGCAAAACCGGUCUUUGUUAAAAGGAAGAAUGGUUAAAAGCAGUUUGCAGGGAUGCCGGAAGUUGCUGAGGGCAAGGGGUGCAAUUGGUUAACAAAAGGGCAUACUCCUUAACAAAAGGGCACCAAUGAAAAUGAAAGGGCGGCAUGAUCCAACAUUCGUGUCGACCUCCCUCCCCGUCACCAAUUUUUUUCGGACCGAAUACAAUUAUUUAUGCACAAUUCCUCCGUAAUUUCUCACCAAAAAUUCCAUAAGUAAUGCUUUCCCAGUUCACCUUUCGCCAAAUGGACAACAACUUUGCCGACUUCCUGACGACUGGGGGGUAGAACACUCCCGCACACAUCCUCGAGCGACGUUUAAUUCUGUCUGUUGUAAAAGUUUUGUGCACCUGUUACACCCAUAGUCUGCACCCGCACUGCACUCACAAAGUUAAAAAUGCAAAAGGCAAGGGGUGCACUUGCACCCGCUGCACCCGUGGUUCCGGCAUCCCUGGCAGUUUGUGAGAAAACUGCGGCUCUACGGAGUGGGAACUUUUCGGAUUUGCAUGAACUCGAUCAGCGUGUUCGAAAGUGUUAGUUCCCGUAAAAAUAUUUCAGAUCUAAGACAUGCUUAAUUAAAAUCGUUUUCUAGGCACUUUUCGAGGUCACAACACAAGGACUAAGGCUCCCGAAAAACUAUCGAAUUUUUCCAUGAUGUUUUACAGAGAAACGUCACAGCUGCAACCCCAACGAUCAUAUGACGUUUCUAGUGGAAAAAAUCGAUAUGUGAGGCAGCACGACAUAAACACGACAUAUAAAUAAUUGUAUUAAUCGUUCUUCAUUUUUCAUAAACAUGUUACGUGUAUUUUUGUGCUUUAUUUUCUCCAGCAAAUUCACCGUAGCAGAAGAAGGUUCACCGACUAUGUCUUUUAUCAGUUUUGUGUUGUUUGGCUUCGUGUUGGUUCUCACAGAGCAUUUUGUUGCCUGUAACGUUGUUAGUAAAACAGUGUCGGAUGAACUAGAGAAGAGAACUGUUAACGUUGGUAUCCCGGUAAGUUGGUGUUACUUAAAGUCUAGAUCUGGGACUAGAACGAAAAAAUUUGGGAUUAUAGUCUGCCAACAAUUUGAAUAGUGUCAUCAUGCGUGACAACGCCGCGUAUUUCGUCUUAAUUAUUAAUGAUAUGAAUGUAAAGAGCUUAUCAUCCGGAAGAAGGGAUAUAAUGAUCAACUUGACAAUGUUUAUAAUAUUCCCCAAUGCAAAGAACUUCCCAUUUUAGGUACUAUAGGCUACUUUUCAAGACAAUCUCAAGUUCACCAGUCAUGUGCGAGGUAAAUUGGUCAAAGCAAACAAAUGCUUGUACGUUAUACGAACAGUCAGGGCAGAAGGCUAUAGCCAAUGUGAGAUUGAUUAUCUAUUUAAGACCCUAGUAAUAUCUACUAUGACGUUUGGCCUGUCCGUCUACGGUUCUUCUCCAGCCGAACUCAAUACUCUACAACGGUUUUUUGACAGAUGUUUUAAGCGAAAGUAUAUAUCAGAACCUGUAAAUAUUAGAUAUCUUUUAGAAAUACACAAGACAGAAAUAUUUUUAAAGCUUCUGUAAAUCAGAAGAGUGCCAUAGUUGACUUGAUACCAAGAAAAAAUCCACAAGCCACUCUUUGAGGACAGAGUUUAGUCAGUAUCCAAGAGUGAACACGGAACGUUUUAAAUUGUCGUUUGCGAAUAGAUUAAUUUUUAACUAUAACCUAUUCAUAUGAUGUAAACGUUACUAAUGUAUUCUUAAUAUUUACUUGUAACAUAAAAUAUGUAUUUUUAUCUUUUGAUCUAAUAAAAAGACUUUUGAAUUGAAUUGAAUUGAAUUGAGUUGAUCUAAAACUCAUUGUUCCGACUAGACUAAGUGUGUGUCUUAAUGGCGUGGGAUAUAAUACCUACUGAUUUGUAAUUGUAAGGAAGUUUACAGAUUUCAAACUAUAAACAUAUUCUGGUUUAAAAUUGGUGCUCUACUGGUCGGACUUGUCUAAAGGCAUACAGCUAAUUCAAAACAGGUUGCCCUUCGAGACGUAAACCUUUAAAGUGCUUAUAUCAUGGUUUUGGAGUUUGCAUAUCUCGAAAGCUUAGGGUAUUUUAAAAAGACACUUUGGAAUAUAUUUUGUUAUUAAAAAAUUUCAUCUUGAUUGAUUUAUUAGCUCUUAAAGUUACCGGACAUGACGUCAGAAGUACAAUUUUGUUGCAAUGAUACAAAGUCCCUUAAAAUUCUUAAACCUUCGAGAUAUGCAAACUCCAAAACGAUGAUAUAGGCACUUUAAAUAUGCUGUGAAUUCCAUAAUGUAAACAAACAUUUUGUUUACAUUUUGAACUGCUAUAUUUGUAAAAUAUGAUAAUAACCGCUGAAUAUCUAACAUGCACGUUUCUGCAUGGUUCGCUAUGAUUGUAAAUGUAAAUGAAUAUAAACUCUACGUUUCAAUUCAAAAAAGUUGGAAAGAUGCAUGCUAAAUUUGGGCAAUGUUUAUAUCUGUAGGUCCCCCUUUGUUAUGAGCAGAACUGAUGCGCAGAACGGUUAACGGACUUUACAGCCUCUUUAACCGAAAUUAACUCUACGCGCAAUAGUUAAUCCAUCCAGACCAUAGUUGAUAUUGGCUGUAUCGGCACGCGGUAUUUUGACAUUUAACUCUGACACUCUGUGUUUCAAAUCGAUGUAUAGAACAACCUCGUUCCCAGGCUCUUCCCUCUCUUCCCUGAGGGAAGAGCCUGGGAGCGAGGUUGUGUAUAGACAAUCUCGUUCCCAGAGUAUGCUUGUUCGUGGGCUAGGUAGUUUCAUGCCACUUCCUAACCCGGGAACGCCUAGGCAUAUACGCUGGGAACGAGAUUGAUGUAUAGAGAGCUUUUUGUACCUAGUCACGUUUUUGACAACACGUACCGUCAACAGUAGAUCAAUUGAGCCUCUAAUAGAUGGCGAGUAAUAAAGACAGCCGCUCAUAUUUGUAAUCCCGUAGACCCGAACGUGAAACUUCAUUGACUGCCAUUCUUGAUUUCAAUCAAGACCUGGCUGCUGACGUCAUCACUCGCCAUCUGUAAUGUUUAAGGUUUAAACUUUUGUUUAAAGUCUCAAAUAACAACCUUUGCUGAAUUAGGUGCAAAUAGCUUAUUUAUGAAUUGCAAACAUUUGUAUAGUAUAGGUGCAUGCCUAUAUGUCAACAGGUCUUGGUGAUUGUCUGUAUAUUCGUACAGGUCUACGUAGUUCUGCGUGACAUCUUUCUCACAAAUUAUGACAAUACUUGUACCACAGAAUACCACACAGAAGGCCAUCUCCAUUGUUUUUUGCGUAAACGCUAUUCGCCAUAUGAAUUAUAAAUAACACUAGUGGGUUAUUUAUAAUAUCUGUGCUAUUCGCCAUGAUUCCCUAAACAGAAGUAGUCACCCCCCUGGAAAUAUUCAAAAUGGCGCCGUGUGGGAGAAAGCCAUGCCAUUUCCUGUUGGUGAUUACUUUUGUUUAGGUCGGUACUUGCUGAGUGACAAAUCAUGAAGAAUAGCGCUUACGAAAAAACAAUGGAGAUGGCCUUCUGUGUAGUAUUAAUUCUGUGUUUGUACUUUGGCACUUAUUGAAAUGACACGUGUCAAAUAAUUCACUUUUGCAUUUAGAAAGGAGGUUUGACGGUUAAUAUCGGACACGGGAUGCGUGACUUGAUCAUCAAUGGAAAUGGUGUUGGUAUCCAGGGAAAG